AUGAGCAAUGCUGAGAUAAUUGGUUCUACAAAUCUUAUAAUUCUUCCAGAGGAUGAAAUCUUUGCUGAUUUUUUCAACACAUUUCUUUCUCUCCUAGUCUUUGGUCAGACACCAUUUUACACUUUUGAAAAUUCACAGUGGAGCUUGUGGCCAGAAAUACCCCAUGACUUGAUUGCAAAGUACAAUGGAUUAGUGACCUGGUUGGAACAAUACCGGUUACCUUUCUUCUGUAAAACCGACUUGUGUUUCCAUUACAUUCUCUGUCAGGAGUUCCUCACUUCCGUUAAGUCCCCAGAAGGAGCCAAGAUGAUGAGAUGGAAAAAGGCAGACCAGUGGCUACUGCAGAAAUGCAUUGGCGGGGUCAGAGGGAUGUGGCGCUUCUGUACCUACCUCAAGGGCAGUGCAGGUGAAGAGCUGGUGGAUUUCUGGAUUCUUGCUGAGAAGAUUCUGAGCAUAAAUGAGAUGGACCUGGAAGUGAGAGACCACUACCUGUCCCUCCUCUUCAUGCUGAAGGCCACCCAUCUGCAGGAAAGCUCGCGGGUGGUGACUCUCUGCAACAUGAACAUCGAGGCCCUUCUGAACCUUUCCAUCUGGCAUCCCAACCAGUCAACCACCAGGAAGGAAAUCCUGAGCCACACUCAAAAUGUGGCUCUGUUCAAACUCCAGAGCUAUUGGCUCCCUAACUUUUACACCCACGCUAAGACGAUCAUGGCCAAGGAGGAAUCGUGCCAGGCUCUGAUGCAAGAAUAUGAGACUCGCCUGUACAGUAUCUGCUAUACCCACGUAGGAGGGCUCCCUCUGAGUAUGAGCAUCAAGAAGGGCCAUCACCCCCAGAAGCGGUACUCGAGCAGGAAGGCCAAGAGGAAGAUGUGGCACUUGAUAGACCAUGGCUCUUGGUCUCUGGAAGUGGACACCAAUCCAGAUACCAACACUUUGCUCCCCCAGGAGCUGUUUCCUCAAGGCAAGUUGGUUAUACAAAUGCCUUCCCUUAAAGAGACCUCUUCAAAGGAGAGAAUCAUUGGUUCCCAGGAAAAGGAUAUUCUCUGUGCCAAGAAGUCCAACGUGAAGAACAAAGCCAAGAGCCACCUCCACAUGGAGGGCCUCUUUGAGACAUCAUUCUUUACCCACCUGAGGACUGUCACCCCCAUCAUCAAUUACUCCCCCCACAUGAUAAUCAAGAAGUCCGUGAAGCAAAACCUCUCCUUGGGGUACACCCACUGGGCCUUGUGUGCUGAUGCCUGUGCAGGGAGUCCCUUCCGGGACCACCUGAAGAAGCAAAAUUUGAAAGUGGAGGUCCAACUCCUGGACCUCUGGCAGGACCUGCACCAUUUCCUCAGUGUCCUGAUGAGCAACAGGAAGACUGGGAAAGAUUUUCGUCACAUUCUGGGAAACUGGAUCUGUAAGCUCUACCUGAAUGAGCAGAUUGGUCUACGCCUAUCACUAAAAUCCCAAACCAUCAAAGGCCUGAAGGAGCUGCUGCCAUCUGGGGAUGUGAACCUCUGGAUUCCCAGAUCCCAGAAGGAGAUCUGCAAUAUGCUUAGCCGCUGGUAUGCUGAAUUACUGGAUGAAGAGGACUACUGGUUUCUCAUUUUUACAACUCAGAGCAGGCUCACCAGAACCAGGUGGCAUCAAAGAGAAUCUAUAAGCAAAGAAGCGACCAUUCUUCCUUAUAAGAGAUUUGAGGAAUCUCUGGAGUUAAGCCAGGGUUUGGUUAACAUGGAAGAAAUGGAAUCUAUGCAGUGGCAAAAGAUAGCUACUGAGGAUUUGAAGCAAGGCGGGUCUCUCUGGCCAGAAAGGAAGUCUCCAGUGUCUCUGGCAAACAUAGAGAAAAUGUCCUUUGAGGAACUCUGCUGUAAGUAUCCAAAGGUGGCCAUAGAGAAGACCAGUGAUGACUACAAAAUAUAUUGUGAAAAAGGACCUCAAAUAGGAUAUCAAGUUCUGUGCAUCAUUUUGAAUGAGCUAGAACUGAAAGAAGAGUAUGCAGAUCCUGUCCUCGAAGGAAUGCUGCAGUGUGAUGCCCCUAUUAUCAAAGAAGUCUCUCACAUGCAUCAUGUCAGCACAACAACAUUGUUAAUGCUCCAGGGCUAUGUCAUGAAAUCUCUGGAAGAAAAGUGGUUUAAAUAUUACCAAGAUCUCCUUCCACCUCAUGCUCCAGAGAAGGAAACUGAAAAACCACUAGCUUCACCCAGGAAGCCCUCAAAGACAGCAACUUACCUGCAGAAUGAGGAAGAGAGUGGGCCCAUUGCUAAGGAGGUGACUCAUGCUUUAGGACUGUUGGUGUCUUCCAGAGGUUCCCAGAACCUUGGGCCUAUCCAGCAACACAUUUCGAAAGAACAGCAAUCCCAUCAGCAUCCCCUUCUCGCCUCCUCAGCGAUUAGAGGUUCAGGGACAGGAGAUGUGCCAGCAGAGGGAGACCAGCUGCUCGCCUUCACGGCCAUUACCUUUACUGGGGACCAAGGAGGGCACAAUGCACAUGUCUGA